AUGGCUGUAAUGACACGGCAGCGAGCGAGAUCAAAUCUCGGUUUGGCUGAGCGAGGACCAAUACCGGUAACUUUGGUGUCUGGGUUUCUGGGGAGUGGUAAGACAACACUUCUUAAACACAUCCUCACCUCUGACCAGCAUUCUCUGCGGAUCGCGGUCAUUGUCAAUGACAUGGCCGCUCUUAACAUCGACGCCUCCCUCAUCAAACGCCACGUGGUCUCACAGACACAGGAACGUCUGAUACAAAUGGAGAAUGGUUGCAUCUGCUGCACACUUCGCGGGGACUUGCUCGAAGAGCUGGCGAAAUUGGCUCGCAACGGCGAAUGCGAAUACGUCCUUAUCGAGAGCACAGGCAUCAGCGAGCCAAUGCAAGUCGCCGAAACAUUUACAGAAGAAUUUGCGCAGGCCAUGAUCGAGGCAGCAAAUGAUGGCUCACUGGAGGGCCGGCAAGAUGAUGAGAGGGUCUUGAAGGAGAUGGCAGACUUGGGUGGCUUGCAAAAUGUCGCCAAACUAGACACCCUUGUUACCAUUAUCGACGCGUUCAAUUUCUUUGACAACUUUGCGACCACAGAGUUCAUUACGGACCGAUGGGGAAAGGAAGGUGUUGAUCCAGAAGACGAACGUACUAUAACGGAUUUGAUGGUUGACCAGAUUGAAUUCGCCAACACCAUCAUCCUCAACAAGGCCGACAGCGUGACCAAGGCGACAAGGUCUCGGAUCAGGGCCGUUAUCCACCAGCUUAACCCUGCCGCAAAAGUCUUGGAAUCCAAUUACUCCAAAGUCGACGCCAGAGAAGUCAUCGCCACCAAGACAUUCUCGUUCGAAAAAGCCGCUACCAAUAUGGGCUGGCUCCAGAGUCUGCACGAGUUAAGCAAGCGAGAGAUCAAUGGACAGGUCAAGAUAACUCCCAAGCCGGAGACGGAAGAAUAUGGUAUUUCAAGUUUCGUCUACCGUGCACGGCGGCCCUUCAAUCCACGACGCCUGUAUAAGCUGAUACACGAUAAGUUCGUGAUCAUGGAAGGCCAGAUCCAGCGUGAAGAUCAGGAGGAGGAAGAUCAAAAUGAAGAAGAUGGGAUGGAAGUUGAAAAUGCCGAAAACCUGUCCUCAAAUACCGAGGGUAGUUCUGGGAGCAUCCCGGCAAACGGUGAGAAAGGAGAUGCAGACGUCGUCGCCGAGAAUAAGAAAGCAAACCCUAUCUUCACCGGCCUCCUGCGGUCCAAGGGAUUUUUCUGGCUCGCCACGCGCUCUUUCUUACAUGGGGAAUGGAGUCAGGCCGGGACCAUGCUCACUUUACAAGGUGGUGGUCCUUGGUUUUGUGCUCUUGAUGAUGCCCUUUGGCCUACCGACCCCGAUACACGCGCCAGCAUUGAAGCCGACUUCGCCGACCCCUGGGGCGACCGACGACAAGAAAUUGUGUUCAUUGGCGAGAAACUCGACACGGUCGGUCUGAAGGCCGAAUUUGACCGAUGCUUGUUGACAGAUGCCGAAAUGCAAAAGUGGGAGAAGAUCAUGAAAUCUUCCGAAGAUAAGCAGGUUAUCAAUGAUAAACUAGCAGUCGUCUUUGAAGAUGGCUUUGAGGAUUGGCCUGAACUUGUGCAAGACGAGGAGAGCGGGCACGUUCAUGACCAUGAGCAAGGGCUCAGCCAACAUCAACAUCACAUUCAGCAGGGUAAAGUCAUGAAGAAAUGA